AUGGCAGCAGCUCAUCAUCAGGCCUCUUCUGGUUCGAGUGUUUAUGAAGUGUUCUUGAGCUUUCACGGAAAAGACGUUCGCACCAAUUUUGCCGACCACCUCUACCAAGACUUGAUUGGGGCUGGAAUUCGAACUUACAGGGACGAAGAUGAACUCCACAAGGGAAACAAUAUUGGCCCGGAUCUACUCGCUGCAAUCCAGCAGUCAAUAAUCUCCAUUCCCAUCUUCUCGACGAACUACGCGUCAAGCAAAUGGUGUCUCAAUGAGCUAACCGAGAUAUCUGAAUGCAGAAGAAGAAGACCAAUGGAACAGAUUGUCUUUCCCAUUUUCUACAAAAUUGAACCAAGGGAUGUACGAGAUGGGAAAGAUAUAGAAGCCAAAGCCUCUGAGGAAUACCAGAUGCGAUUCGACAAAUACCAGACAGGAGGCUUCGACAAAAUCUAUGCGAAAGCCUUUGGGGAACACCAGAUGCAGAUGAAUAGCGAAAAAGAAAAAGAAAUUGUGCAAAAGUGGAAAAGGGCUCUGAGAGAGGUUGGAGAAUUGAAUGGAUGGCAUAUGAAGGAGGGCAUGUAUGAAGGAAAGUUGGUAAAAGAAGUUGUCAAAACAGUUUUGAGUACACUGAACAGGAGACUUUCACUUGUUUCUAAAAAGCUAGUUGGAAUCGAAACUCAUAUAAAAGAAAUGUUGAUGUUAUUAGAUAUUGAAUCUAACAACAGAAACAUUGUAGGGAUCCAUGGCCUUGGUGGCAUUGGAAAGACAACAAUUGCUAAGGCUGUCUGCAAUACAGUCCUUAGUCACUUUGAAGAACAUACAUUUAUUGAAAAUGUUCGAGAGAAUGCUGAAAAAUAUGGAAUUCACUAUCUGCAAAACCAGCUUAUCAUAGGUAUCCUGAAAAAAGGAAAUCCAAAUAUUAUUGAUGUGGAUACUGGAAUUAAAGUGAUCCAGCAAAGAUGUUGCACAAAGAAAGUUCUUAUUGUUCUUGAUGAUGUGGAUCAAGAUAUUCAAGCAGAGUCUUUAAUUGGGGACCGUGAAUGGUUUGGUAUUGGAAGUAAGAUUAUUAUCACAAGCAGAAAUAAGAAACUUUUAAUUGCUCAAAAACCAGAUGGGAUUUAUGAGCCCAAUGUCAUGGCUUUAGAUGAUUCUCUUACACUUUUUAGUCAUUAUGCAUUUGGAAGGGACCAUCCUCUAGAAGAUUAUUUGGAUCUCUCAAAAGCUAUGAUAGAAACUACUGGAGGACUUCCCUUGGCUCUUCGAGUUAUAGGUUCAUCUUUAUUUAAGAAGGAAAAACCAAUAUGGAAAGACAUGUUAAAGAAGUUGCAAAAAUUUUCCAAUGAUGAUGUUAUGAAAAGGUUGAAAAUAAGUUACGAUGGAUUAGGAUAUUUGGAGAAACAAAUUUUUCUCGAUACUGCUUGCUUUUUCAUCGGAAUGAAUAAGUAUAUUGCAUGUCAUAUAUGGGAAGGGUGUGAUUUUUUUCCUCAAGCAGGACUUGAAGUUCUUUGUGAAAAGUCUUUGCUAACAAUUAGUGAAGAUGGUGAGCUAAGGAUGCAUGAUGUGCUUCGGGAUCUUGGAAGGGAUAUUGUUCGUCAAGAGAGCAUAAAAAAGCCAGGGGAGCGUAGUCGAAUAUGGUCUCAAGAGGAAGUUUUGGAUGUACUGGUUAAACAGACGGGAACAAGUAGUUGUGAAGGACUCAGUAUUGACUUCAGCCGACUCAAUAUUGACUUCAGCAGUAGAUUAAGGAGACAAUGUUUGAUGAGUGAAGGAUUUGCUGCAAUGACUGAACUAAGAUUACUCCAAGUCGAUUAUGCACAAUUUUCUGGGAACUUCAGCAAUUCUUUUUCUGAACUGAGAUGGCUUUGUUGGAGAGGAUGCCCUGAACAAUAUGCACUAACCAAUUUUUGUCCGCAAAAACUGGCUGUUCUUGAUCUAUCACAUAGUAUGAUCACAGAAAACUGGAUGGGUUGGAACUACAUCAAGAUGGCAGUAAAUCUAAAGGUUCUAAGUCUCUCGUCUUGUCGUCAACUAUCUAGGACUCCUGACGUUUCAAAAAAUCGACUCUUGGAGGUACUGAUUCUUAAAGACUGUGAAAAUUUGGUUGGGAUCCACACAUCCAUUGGUUAUCUCAACAACUUAGUCACAUUAGAUAUGAGUGGCUGCGAGACACUAGUGGAUCUCCCAAUUGAAACAUGUCAGUUGACUUCUCUCGAAACCCUCAAUUUAAAGCAAUGCAAAAAUCUAAAUAUGUUGCCAGAGAAAUUGGGCUCUAUGAUCUACUUGACAACACUUGAUAUAACUAGUUGCUAUAAACUUGAAUGGGUUCCAAAUCUUCCUUCUGGUUUAAAAUCUCUUAAAGCUUCUGAUUGCACAUCAUUAGGAUCACUCUCAAUGCUUUCAAGCCUAAAAAAUUUAGAGGAAUUGGACCUCAGUGGAUACAUCUCAGAUCUUCCCUCAAGUUUGACCAGCCUUGAUAUUAGUAGAUGCUAUUCAAUUCGAGACAUUUCAGGUCUUCCCUCAAAUUUGACCAGCCUGGAUAUUAGUUUUUGCAAAUCACUUCGACACAUCUCAGGUCUUCCCUCAAGUUUGACCAGCCUGAACUUUUGUUGCUGCUAUUCAAUUCGAGACAUUUCAGGUCUUCCCUCAAAUUUGACCAGCCUUGAUGUUAGUGGCUGUGAAUCACUUCAACACAUCUCAGGUCUUCCCUCAAGUUUGACCAGCCUUGAUGUUAGUGGCUGCACAUCACUUCAACGUAUCUCAAGUCUUCCCUCAAGUUUGACCAGCCUAUUUGCUCACGGUUGCAGCAGCCUAGAAGAAAUUGAAGGUGUUGAUGAGAAAUUUAUGGACUUCCUGGUGGUGUUCUACAUUGACUUGUGCAAAUCAUUAAAACAAUUACCAAAACUGAGGGGCUCAAAAAAUCUCAGGAGUUUAAAGCUCCGUGAAAAUCACAGCAUAUCCGAUUUUGAAGGCGAGGGGAUGGAAUCUCUGGAGACGUUGGAGAUAAAGGAUUGCAAAUCAUUAAGAAAAAUACCAUAUCUGCGAGAAUCAAAAAGGCUGAGGGAACUAAAAAUCGAAGACUGCCCAGAAUUAUUGGAGAUUGAGCGCCUUGAGAACUAUGAAUCCUUACAAGAAUUAUCAAUUAAUGGAGCCAGAUCAUUAAAAACAUUACCUGCGGAUAUCUCAACCCUGAAGAACCUGAGCUAUUUACGAAUCAGUAGGUUCUACUACUCAAUGGAAAGAUUACCUGAUCUUUCAGACUUAACAAGGUUGGGGCGAAUAGAGAUUGAGGAUUGUGGGGAGUUAACCGAAAUUCCAGGCCUUGACAGAUUGGAAAUCUUACAGAAUUUGUAUAUUAGUGGCUGCAAGUCCUUGGAAAGAUUACCAGAUCUUUCGAACUUAAAAAACUUGAAGGAUCUAAGGAUUGAAGGCUGCAAGAAUCUAGCCGAGAUUCAUGGUCUUGACACAUUGGAAAUCUUAGAGAAUUUGUAUAUUAGUGGCUGCAGGUCCUUGGAAAGAUUACCGGAUUUUUCGAACUUAAAAAACUUGAAGGAUCUAAGGAUUGAAGGCUGCAAGAAUCAAGCCGAGAUUCAUGGUCUUGACAGAUUGGAAAUCUUAGAGAAUUUGUAUAUUAGUGACUGCCAGUCUUUGGAAAGAUUACCGGAUCUUUCAAACUUAAAAAACUUGAAGGAUCUAAGGAUUGGAUACUGCAAGAAUCUAGCCGAGAUUCAUGGUCUUGACAGAUUGGAAAUCUUAGAGAAUUGGUAUAUUAGUGGCUGCCAGUCUUUGGAAAGAUUGCUGGAUCUUUCAAACUUAAAAAACUUGAAGAUUCUAUGGAUUGGAUACUGCAAGAAUCUAGCCGAGAUUCAUGGUCUUGACAGAUUGGAAAACUUAGAGGAUUUGGAAAUUAGUGACUGCGAGUCCUUGGAAAGAUUGCCGGAUCUUUCAAACUUAAAAAACUUGAUUGGUCUAGAGAUUGAUGGCUGCAAGAAUCUAGCUGAGAUUCUUGGUAUUGACAGAUUGGAAAACUUAAAGGAUUUGGAUAUUAGAUAUUGCGAGACCUUGAAAAGAUUACCCGAUCUAUCAAACUUAAAAAGCUUGAAGGAUCUACAGAUUGAAGGCUGCAAGAAUCUAGCUGAGAUUCAUGGUAUUGACAGAUUGAAAAUCUUAGAGGAAUUGAAUAUUAGUGACUGCGAGUCCUUGGAAAGUUUACCCGAUCUGUCAAAUUUAAAAAGCUUGAAGGGUCUACAAAUUGAAGGCUGCAAGAAUCUAGCUGAGAUUCAUGGUAUUGACAGUUUGGAAAUCUUAGAGGAUUUGGAUAUUAGUGACUGCGAGUCCUUUGAAAGCUAA